CUUGGCUGGCACAGGCCUGAACAGCGGCCAAAUUCCAGCCCCCCCUUCCCUCGUCCCCUUUCUCUCUCUCUCUCUCUCGCCUUGUCCAAACACCGUUGGGACUCCACAGACUUUUGUGGACGACGUAUUUAAGGAGCAGGGACCUCGGGCGCCGGGCAAACUCCCUCUGUCGCUCAGAGCUACCUUAAAAACAAAAUAAAAAAAGUCCAGGUUUUUUUUUUGGGUGGUUGGCAAAGUGGCUCCGAUGACUCCCUGGGAGAGGACAAGGUAAAAAGGCAAAAUAAGGCAGAUCUCAUUUGUGGUGACCAGGACAUCCAUCUGAACCCAAUCUGUUUCGGGAAACUGAGUAUACCUUUGCGCAGACUGAGAAGCCACAGUGGAAGGAAGCAUAAAAAGGCAAUUAUUAUUAUUUUUUGGACCAGAGAACAUCCAUCUAUUUAUUUAUUUUUUUAAAUCCUCAUCCACCUGUCUUCUGCCAUUCCAAGAUGCUCCUUGCUGUUCUCUUCCUGCAAGUUUUCCCCCAAGCUUGGACUGGGAGCGGCGGAUCCCACUGGACAUACGAAGGGUCCCAUGGACAAGAGCACUGGCCGGACACUUACCCAGACUGUGGGUGGAAGGCUCAGUCCCCUAUUGACAUUGAGACGGGCGCAGUCCAAUACGACCCUUCCUUGCCUCCGGUUGAGACGUCGGGGUAUCGGAAUCCAGGAAGCGAUGACUUCACCCUGAUAAAUAACGGACACACAGUGCAGAUGUCUCUACCCCCAAGCAUGCGACUGCACGGUUUGCCCAAAAUGUUUACGGCCGUUCAGCUGCACCUUCACUGGGGGAGGAAGGGGAACCACGAAGGCUCAGAGCACAAGGUGGACGGGAGGCCCUUCCCGGCAGAACUUCACGUUGUCCAUUACAACUCGGAGAAGUACAGCAACGUGAGUUUGGCAAUGCACCACCCAGAUGGACUGGCGGUCUUGGGCGUUUUCCUGGAGGCUGGCGAUGCAGAGAACUCUGCCUACGACCACAUCCUGGACCUCCUGGACAAGAUCCAGUACGCAGAACAGAAAACCACCGUUGCCCCGUUCAACGUCCGCGACCUCCUGCCGGUACAUUUGGGCCACUUUUUCCGCUACAACGGCUCUCUGACCACCCCGCCGUGCUUCCAGAGCGUGCUGUGGACUGUCUUCCACCAGCCCGUCCAGCUCUCAGCUGCCCAGCUAGAGAAGCUACAGAAAUCUGUCUAUAGUACAGCGGAAGGCGAAGCCCACCCUGAGCUCCUCGUGGAUAAUUUCCGGGCUCCGCAAUCCUUGAAUGGCCGAGUGGUUCUUGCCUCUUUCCCCGUGGGGCCGCCAGGAUAUUCUGCAGGUGAGAUUGUGGCCAUCAUUUUCGGGGUGAUUUUGGGUUGCCUGGGCAUUUUCCUCGCCGGCUGGAUUGUGGCAAAGAGAAUACGGGAGAAGAGGAUGGAGGAACAAAAGGGCGUCGUCUUUACAUCUUCUUCCCGGCGAGCCGUUUUGGACUGACACCUUGACUUGCAACGCAGACAGGCUCCCUCUGAACCAUCUCCUCCUCCUUUGCCCUGACACACAAACACACACAAAAAUACGCAUUUUGCAGGGCCAGGAAGGGCAGCGGAUGAGGCCACAGAAAUUUGGCCCUUCCAAUGUUGAGGAACUACAACUCCCACCCCGUUCCCUGGGUGGGAGUUAUAGUUCGGCAGCACCCAGAUCGCCAAAGGUCCCCCACCUCUGUUCUGCCCAGAGAGCAGGAAUUUAGGGCGGCCUUUCUCUCAAGCAGCUGCCCUCCAGAUAAUGUACUCCGACACCCAUCGGCCAGUGCAACUGACGAGUUGAGGAUGUUCACAGGGUCAACAUCUGGAGAUGCAAGGCUGAUAAGAAGGGAGGAAAAUCCAGGUUAUUUAAAAAGAAAAAAAGUUUGGCACAGCCUGCUAGGUUUGACAAGGAACAGAUGUACAAAGAGUUUUGGGUUUGUCCACUUUGCGAUUUCUUUCCACCCGGGGAAAAAAAAAUCAGAAUCAGAACAUUCUUGUUAUUUUCAUGGAUUUAAAACACCCACAGAUACACACCGCAUUUCUUCCUGGAGCCAGUUGCAAACAGAUGUAGACUGAGUCCUCUUUUGAGCAGAUCGUUUCCAUCUAACCACUUUAUAAAAGAAAUAAAAGUCCCUUCCCCAUC